AGCAUUCCCUACAUGUGUAGUCAUUCUUUCUGUUGUACACCACGUCUGCCUCUCAAACUGUGCUCUUCAGACUCUGUAUUACAAGAGCGAUGCUGCUGUUAUGGAUAACAUUAUCUCUCACAUGGCCUGGCACAAUCAGCUUUACGAUCCACAGCAUGAAGGAAGGUCUGUGUCUAGAGGACUCAUCUGGAGGAGUUGUCGAGUUAAGGACAUGCAGUCUGGACUCAGUCCUGCAGCAGUGGAAGUGGACAGAUCACUGGUUCCUAGUAAACACAGGCACCCUGAGGUGUCUCUCAGCCGUCCACACUGACCCAGUCCAGACUAUCGCUUGUGAUUCUGGUGAAUACAUCAAAUGGCAGUGCAAGGCUCAACAGCUCAUCAGUCUGCAAAACUCUCUGGCAUUGAGCACAGAGAGAGGAAAACUCAGGCUGAACACGGGUGAACACGACACCUGGAAAUCUCUGGAUGUGGGUGACAUCUGCCAGAAUAACCUGAGAUCCAGACGAGAAAGUGAUUCAGACCCCGAUGAGUAUGACUUUGCUGAAGGGCCGCCUAAACAAAGAAUGACAGAGGCACAGAUGAAGUUUUUACAGUGGUAUUACCGCACAGAGGACCCAACAUCGUGGAAGUUUGGCAUGCUGGCAUUUGCUUUUCUGGGUCUUCUGAUUGGUGCUAUGCUGUUGGUCAUGGGCAUGAUGGCUAAUAGGAACAGGAAGCAAAUAGCCAAAUACAAAGCAGCCUCAAAAGUCACAGCGGUGAAACCUGAAAUGGAGGAACUGCAGGCCAUCUUCACUGAUAAGGUCACAGAGGUAAAGAAGGAGGAGAAAACCCAUUUCACCCCAUCCGAACACAUCACUACAUACAACAGCCAUAAGGAUUGGGAAGAGCCUUCAUACGACAGCAAAGCCUCAGAGGGACUGAAGCCCGGAGAAAUUGUGGUGACCUGGAAGGACGGGAAUGUGUCUACUCUCUAUCCUGAACCUGCGGAGGAAGGACAAGGGGAAGAGGACGUCCAAAACACAGACGUGGAGACUCUGUCGCUAAACUCCCCCAAAGUAAUAGCUUCAUCUGAGGCAAUUGCAUUUUAAUUUAAUCCUGUUUUUUUUUUUCAAUAGAAAUUUCUUUUACAUUUACAUUGGCAGCCAAAAGUUAUUAAUUCAUUUUUAAAUGUGUUGAAAGAAAUGAUAUAGCAUACAGUUGUUUUAAAUGCUGAUAAUAUUACUGUUGCACUGUAUUUUCAUCAAAUAAAUGCUCUCUUGGUGAACAUUAGAGAUUUAUUUCAAAAACAUUUUUAAAAAUCUUGUGGUUGCCACACUUGGUUUCCCUAGCCCAACAUAUAUGCUUGCUUAUAGCCUUGGGUCAACCAACCAUUUUUAUGAUUACAUAAUAUAUUUACACAUAUAUUAAUUUCGAGUUUAUAGUUUAUGUUUCAAAAGGUAAGUUUUACUAUGUUAUAUAAAAAACGUUUUAUGUAAAAGUGCAUCAAAAUUGGUCAUGAAUUAACGUUUUUCUAAACCAUACAGUAAUAGUGUACCAUACAAACUUAUAUGGAUUAAAUC